GGAAGAGGCGGGGCUUCGAAACUUAACCUGGAAAUUAACGUGUUGCUGUGGUCACUUUUGGGUCGGGCUCUGCUAGAAGAUGGCUGCCGUGGAGGGGGCUGAGGUGAAAGUAGACGGCGCUGAACCGAAACUGAGCAAGAAUGAGCUAAAGAGACGCCUGAAAGCUGAGAAGAAGGUGGCAGAGAAGGAGGCCAAGCAGAAAGAGCUCAGCGAGAAACAGCUAAGCCAGGCCACUGCUGAUGCCACUAACCACACCACUGACAAUGGAGUGGGUGUCGAGGAGGAGAGCUUGGACCCAAAUGUGAGUCUCCUGGGCCCCUGGCCUGGCUGGGCACAAGAAAGCUCCCAAUGUCGUGCAGUAGCUUCUGGUUCUGUCAGUAUUUUUGCUCUUCUUCUUCUAGGUAGGAUCCAUGCCAAAAGAGCUUCUGGGGGAAAGCUCAUCUUUUAUGACCUUCGAGGAGAAGGGGUCAAGUUGCAAGUCAUGGCCAAUUCCAGAAAUUAUAAAUCAGAAGAAGAGUUUACUCAUAUCAAUAACAAACUUCGUCGGGGAGACAUAAUUGGAGUUCAGGGGAAUCCUGGGAAGACCAAAAAGGGUGAGCUGAGCAUCAUUCCCUACGAGAUCACACUGCUGUCUCCUUGCUUGCAUAUGUUACCUCAUCUUCACUUUGGCCUCAAAGAUAAGGAAACACGGUAUCGUCAGAGAUACUUGGACUUGAUCCUGAAUGACUUUGUAAGGCAGAAAUUUAUCAUCCGCUCUAAGAUCAUCACAUAUAUCAGAAGUUUCUUGGAUGCGCUGGGAUUCCUAGAGAUUGAAACUCCCAUGAUGAACGUCAUCCCAGGAGGAGCUGUAGCCAAGCCUUUCAUCACUUACCACAACGAGCUGGACAUGAACUUAUAUAUGAGAAUUGCCCCAGAACUCUACCAUAAGAUGCUAGUGGUCGGUGGCUUUGACCGGGUUUAUGAAAUUGGACGCCAGUUCCGGAAUGAAGGAAUUGAUUUGACUCACAAUCCUGAGUUCACCACCUGUGAGUUCUACAUGGCCUAUGCAGACUAUCACGACCUCAUGGAAAUCACGGAGAAGUUGGUUUCAGGGAUGGUGAAGCACAUUACAGGAGGUUACAAGGUAACCUACCACCCAGAUGGGCCAGAGGGCCAAGCCUAUGAGAUUGAUUUCACCCCACCCUUCCGGAGAAUCAGCAUGGUAGAAGAGCUGGAGAAAGCCCUGGGUGUGAAGCUGCCGAAAACUAACCUCUUUGAAACUGAAGAAACUCGCAAAAUUCUUGAUGAUAUCUGCGUGGCAAAAGCUAUUGAAUGCCCUCCACCUCGAACCACAGCCAGGCUUCUUGAUAAACUUGUUGGGGAGUUCCUGGAAGUGACUUGCAUCAAUCCUACGUUCAUCUGUGAUCACCCACAGAUAAUGAGCCCUCUGGCUAAAUGGCACCGCUCUAAAGAGGGUCUGACUGAGCGCUUUGAGUUAUUUGUUAUGAAGAAAGAAAUAUGCAAUGCCUACACUGAGCUGAAUGAUCCCAUGCGGCAGCGGCAGCUUUUUGAAGAACAGGCCAAGGCGAAGGCUGCUGGUGAUGAUGAGGCCAUGUUCAUAGAUGAAAACUUCUGUACUGCCCUGGAAUAUGGGUUGCCCCCCACAGCUGGCUGGGGUAUGGGCAUUGACCGCGUCACCAUGUUUCUCACAGACUCCAACAACAUCAAGGAAGUACUUUUGUUUCCUGCCAUGAAACCUGAAGACAAGAAGGAGAGUACAGCGGUCACUGACACACCAGAAAGCACAACAGUUGGCACUUCUGUCUAGAAAAUGGAAAUGGCAAGUCCUAUGAACAAGCAUCAGUGCAUUUGUGCAAAAGAUAAAGGUUUGCAAGAGAAUUCUUACGUUGUCAUCCACUUGACUACCACACUUCAGCCUCCAGAAAAGAAAAAAGGAAAUCAAGUAUUUCUUUUUAUUCCUUGUUACCAAAUAAACCAUUUGUCUCUGUA